GACCCCUUGCGACAUAUUCGCACGGACUGCCGAAACGGAAGGAUAGCACUAUGAAACUGUUACUCGCCUUUCUCGCCAUUCUGGCUAUUUCGUAUGCCGAUGAAGAAGGGCCGGCAAGUUUAAUCGAAGACUCUGAAGCCGUCGCUUCAGUGGAACUUCUGAAAACUGAAGCAGAUACCAAUGCGGCAUCCAACUACGUGCCCCCCAGCCAGAGGCCCCCGAGGGGCUGGAAUGCCCCCCAGAUCAGUCAGCAGAACAACUGGACCCCACCGGCCAAUAACUACUGGAAUCAAAACCAAAACCCGGUAGGCCAGUGGCCAUCUCCCGACGCUUGGAAGCCAGACGGCAGUGCCUGGAAUCAGAACCAGUGGACUACCCAGCCCACGUGGACCGCGGCGCCGAGCUGGAGCCCGCCCAGCUACGUCCCCGGUUGGCAGAAUCCGUCCAAACCACCGGUUCAACACGACCAGCCCACCAACUUGUGGACCGUUCCUCAGCAAAGCGCCACGCCCGUCGAGGUUAUCAAGAACGACCAGUAUUAUGGAGACAACGGCAGCUACAAAUAUGAGUACCAGAUCUCCGACGGCACUCACGUAGGCGAAGAGGGAUACCUCACCAACCCGAACACAGACAACGAGAGCCUGGUGAAGAAGGGCUGGUACUCGUUCGUCGGCGCUGACGGCAAGACCUACACCGUGACUUGGUGGGCUGAUUCCAGCGGAUUCCACGCGUCUGGGGACCAUUUGCCCACCGCGCCGCCGGUCCCGGCUGCGAUCCAAGCUGCUAACGACCAAGCUGCAAAGGAGGAGGCUGCUAAACUCGAAGCCGAGAAGAACAAGCCGCAACAGACUUAUCCCCAACAGACUUACCCUCAGCAGACUUACCCUCAGCAGACUUAUCCUCAACAAACUUACCCUCAGCAGACUUAUCCUCAACAAACCUACCCUCAGCAGACAUACCCUCAGCAGACAUACCCUCAGCAGACAUACCCUCAGCAGACAUACCCUCAGCAGACAUACCCUCAACAGACAUACCCUCAACAGACAUACCCUCAACAGACAUACCCUCAACAGACAUACCCUCAACAAACUAACCCCCAACAAACUGAAGGUAGCUACUACCCACAGCAUAAUAAACCAACUUACGGUUAGGUAAUUCUUGCCAAUUUAAUUUUAAUUUAUGUAGAUCGUUGGUCGUAGGAAGUUAUACAUUUACGGGCAUUUAAACGUAGCUUUUUAAAAAAGCUACGUACGUAUAUACGCGAUGGGGGUAUCUUUACUCAUUGGGGAUAUGUAUUAUGAGAAAUUGUAGGUACAGAAUGGAUCACGUACCUCUCAUUUGACAUUUGACUCAGCCACUUGUUAAAGUUGUCAACUAUAGUGCAAUAGGCUGAAGUAAACCUCGAUUUUGUUCACUUAUCCAGGCAGAAGGCCUGAACUAUAAGCUGAAAAUCUUUGUAUACUUUCGGAAAGACAAAUCAAAUAUAGGAGUAAUAAUGGGAUAAUUUGAGAUCGUUGUGAGCCCUCUUAAUUAAAAAAUAUCGGUCAGCAGCCCGUACUGAUGCUGAAGACAGGUUUCUGUUGACAAAAACGGAUUUAUCUUCUGCAAUAAAAAGUCAACUCUGAGCAAUGCGGUAGCAUUAAUAAAGUGAUAUUGUCAGUUGCAGUCAGAAUCAGAACGCUCUAAAAUUUCCCUUAGCAGUAAUUUUGCUCACGAUUAUGUAAUUGUGAUCAUGAUUCCUGUGUGUGUACGUACUUAUGUAUGUUUAGUAUUUAUGAUACUCAGGUAGUCAAUAAAAGAUACUUACAA